CGCUGGCGGGCGGGGUUAGAGGCAGAGGCAGGCGGCCGAGUUGGAGCCCCGUUGGCGGAAGUGAGGCAGGCGGCGCGGGGCGGGGCGUGCUGCGCGCGGGAAGCCGGCAGGGUCCGUGUGGAGGCCGGGCGGCCGGUUUCACUUAAAGAAAAUGGAGUUUUCUAGAGAAAAAAGGUUGAAGGCAAGACUUGCUGGUGAUAGACGAGGAGAUCUGUAUCCUCACAGCCUGCAGUUCUACCUGCAGCCUCCCACUGAAAAUAUUUCUCUGGCGGAGUUUGAAAAUUUUGCCAUUGAUAGGCUUAAAUUGCUCAAAGUAGUUGAGAACCUUGGUGUGAGCUAUGUGAAAGGUAGUGAUGAGUACAAAAGCAGGCUGGAGCGUGAGAUUCGAAAGCUUAAAUUUCCAUUCAAAGCUUUGGUUGAGGAUGAUUAUGAUGCAAGGAGGAAAGACCAUAUCUCUCAUUUCAUACUGCGCCUUGCUUACUGCCAGUCUGAGGAUCUCAGACGAUGGUUCAUUCAACAAGAAAUGGACCUUUUUCGAUAUCGGUUUAACGAGCUAACUGGUGAUUUGGUCGAGAAAUUCCUCAAAUAUGUUAAUUUGUCAUAUGGAGCUAUUAGCAAAGAAGUGAAAGAAAAACUUGCAGUCCAACUACUAAAUUCAACUCCUGGCCUCAGUGGAGCUAAAGUAGAAGAACUGGAAUUUUAUAAGGUUCCAUUACAGGAGGCUAUGGAUUUGUUUAGAGUAAGAAGAGUUUACCUUCUGAAUGCCUUCACAUAUGUGCCUCAAACGGACAUAGUUGCAAUUGUUUUAAAUAACUACAGAACCAAACUGUCUAAGGCCCUUGCGCUGACAGCACGAUCACUGCCUGCUGUACAAUCUGAUGAGAGACUGCAGCCUUUGCUUAAUCACCUCAGCCAUUCCUAUGUUGGCCCAGAUUACAGCAUACAAAAAAAUAUUGGGAAAAUUUCAUUAGAACACAUUGAUGCUCUUUCUGUUAAAUCAUUUCCUCUUUGCAUGAGACAGCUGCACAAAGCCCUGCGCGAUAACCACCAUCUCCGUCACGGAGGCCGUAUGCAAUAUGGACUGUUCUUAAAAGGCAUUGGCUUAACACUGGAACAAGCUUUGCAAUUCUGGAAGUCUGAAUUUAUUAAAGGAAAAGUGGAUGCAGACAAGUUUGACAAAGGGUAUGCCUACAGCAUCCGCCAUACCUAUGGAAAAGAAGGCAAGAGGACAGAUUAUACACCAUUCAGCUGCAUGAAGAUUAUCCUGUCCAAUCCACCAAGUCAAGGGGAUUAUCAUGGGUGCCCAUUCCGCCACAGUGAUCCUGAGCUACUGAAGCAGAAGCUGCAGUCAUACAAGAUUCCUCCCACUGGGAUAACGCAGAUUUUGGAGUUAGUGAAAGGUAUGCAUUACCAGCUGGCCUGUCAGAAAUACUUCCAGUUGACACAUGAUGUUGAUGAUAUUGGGUUUUCUUUGAAUCAUCCCAAUCAAUAUUUCGCAGAGAGUCAGAAGCUACUAAGCGGUGGUAGAGAAGUGAAGAAAGAACCAAGUGAACCUGAAAGCUCCCAGCAAAAACUGAGUAGUCAGAAAAGUUCAUGUUCCAUUCCCAUUUCUUCAAACACAGAAGCAGAUAUAGAACUGGAGGGACUGGAUGCAUAUUUCACUGAAGACUGAGAAGCUUUGUUGUUUAUUUUUCUCGCCUUCGUUACUUCCCUAUAAUUUUAGCAACAUUUUCCCUCAUGGUAAGAGAGUAAGCACCUGGCUAUCUGGAGAGCUUGGGUCAGUAAGGCUCCAAGUUGGCUGAUGAAAGGAAAGAAGAGAUGCAUAAAUUUUAAUUAUAUCCGGUACUUUUCCUUGUAGCUAGGGCACAUCGGUUCCAUUGUGCAGUCAAUUUCUAACUGCUUGGGGCAUGGGAACUGAAAAUUAGUUCCUAAAUUUGAAUGAUACUGCAGUUUCUGUGAGUUGUUUCUGUGCUCAUAAGCAUUUUGUGUGUAACCCAUCUUUCCUUAUACUCCACAUUUUUAAAUAGCUUUCUCUUCACUGUUUUUCUUAAUAAACAUGUUGAAAUGUAAAAAUUUGUGAUCUUUUCUUGUUCAAUUAUACUUCUAGAGUGAUUCAAGCUGCCUAAAUCAUAUUUACAGAUAUAUCCUUUUUAAGAAAUAUUAUUUUUUGGGACAUGGGGAAUACCUCCAAUUAGUAGUAUUUAUUUACAGUCUAUGAUUUGGUGGUUAAGGACUCAGAUCAUUAGAAAAACUCUGAUCUUUCUAUUUAAAAUAUGCAUAUGACCUUCAUUACCAUCUGAGCAACUUACAAUCUUUUAGAGUUGUAUUCUCACAGCUGUACUUUGACAAACUGGGAGUACAAUUAUCCCAGUUUCGUAGAUAUGGAACUGUGGCACAAAGAGACUAAGAACGAGAUUUUUAAAGGUAUUUGGGUACUGUUUCAGUAAGCGGUGCAAAGCCUAAGUGAUUUAGGUGAUUAAAUAUCAUUUUCAAAAGUUGCAUAGGCACUUAAAAGCCUCACUCUCAUUAACUUUCAAUCAGAUUUAGCCCUCUAAAUGCCUAUGUAAUUUCUGAAAACCAGACUUAGCUGUGCGAGUCACUUGGCCUUGCAACACUGAGGGCUGGUCUACAUUAAUGUUGUAAGUUGAUCGAAGUUACGCUAGUUCAGUUAUGUAAAUUACGUAACCAAAGUAGACAUAACUUAGGUCAACUUACAGCAAUGUCUACACCAUACUGUGUCUAUAGGAGACACUCUCCCGUUGACAUAGCUUCUGCCUUUCAAGGAGGUGGAGUACAGAUAUCAACGGGAGAGCGCUCUUCCAUCAUCUUAGCGCGUCUUCACCAGACCCACUAAAUCAACACUGCUGC